UCUGCAGAGGAAGUGUCCCAUAAAAAAACAGGGAGCGCUCUCUCUCUCUCUCUCUCUCUCUUGGAGAAUCAGGGACAAUUUGAAGAGAGAAAGUGGGAGAAUUUGUCAGGGAAAGAGGAGGGUGGGGGAGAGAGAGAGAGAGAGAGAGAUGGCCAAGAAUGGGGAAGCGCGAUGGAGCUUCCCGUUGAGCUUCUGGGAGGUGGCGGCGGCUUCGACGGUGGUGGUGGGCUUCGUUCUUGGCCUCCUGGGCGUGUACCUGACAAUGCCCGCAUCCGACUACAGCUUCCUCAAGCUCCCUCGCACCCUCCAAGAUCUUCAGAUCCUUCGAGACCAUCUUGAGGGCUACACAAGCGACUACACCCUGCAAGUCCUGGUUGGUUACUCGAUGGUGUACAUAUUCAUGCAGACUUUCAUGAUCCCGGGAACUGUUUUCAUGUCGCUGCUCGCAGGAGCACUUUUUGGAAUGCUUAAAGGCAUGGCCCUGGUUGUGUUCACCGCCACUGCCGGCGCUUCGUCGUGCUAUUUCCUAUCGAAGAUGAUAGGACGGCCCAUUGUCUUCUCUCUUUGGCCCGAUAAGCUGAAGUUCUUCCAAGCUCAGGUGGCUAAAAGAAGAGAACGGCUGUUGAACUACAUGCUCUUCCUUAGGGUGACUCCGACCUUGCCUAACACGUUCAUUAACUUCGCUUCCCCGAUAGUCGACGUGCCAUACCACACCUUCUUCCUUGCUACUGUCAUUGGACUCAUCCCGGCAGCUUAUGUCACUGUCAGGGCUGGACUAGCUCUGGGAGAGUUGCAGUCUAUUGGAGAUCUUUACGACUUCCAUUCCAUCGCCACUCUGUUUUUCAUCGGGAUCAUCUCGGUUACUCCAACACUUAUGGGCAAGAGGGGCUCAUAAUGCCUAGAUUAUUAACUCGCUGGUCCUGCAUUGUGUCCAUGCGAACCCCUUUCCUCGGGUCACCCUUCAGUAUCAUGUCCACCUCUAUAUAGAUAAGCAACAAAUAGUCCUAAACGCGAAGUGCUCUCUAUACUCUGAGCAAAUUUCGUCAGCACCAAGGAGAUCGAUCCUGCAUGGGAUAACUUGGAAAAAGCGUCGGUUACCAGCCUUUGAUCUCAACCCUGGCCUGAUCAAACAGGAAUUGUUAUCUUGAUAUCAGGUAGACCGUGAAGGAGGGGUCUCCUUUUUUUAGUGUCGGUUCCUUAUACGCCUGAUUUAUGUUGUCCCAUUAGCAAGAAGGGAAAAUGAAAAGAAAAGGAAUUUCCCUGUAUAUCAUUGUUAUAACUAUCAAGUAGAAUAUGUCACUGCAGUAGAGGCAUCUAUGUAUUACACUCAGAUACCCUUUUAAGAAUUAUCAUCUCAAUUCGGCUUGACCUAUGCAUUGUCGAGAA